GGUGACAUAAAUUUUAUCAGAUUAGGACAUUCCAGCGUGCUGCUGUCGGCUGCUGCAGAAGCCCUUGCGCGAUAGAAAGGAGAAAGUUGUUUGGAAAAUAUACAUUUCCGGCUGUCUGUAGCUAAUUGAAUAAAAUUAUCGUUAAUCAAUGACGUCUAAGUGUGCAAAAAUGGUUUAUACAGGUGCUGGUUUGAGUAUUUUUGUAUUUCUAUUGCUGAUGUGCUGCAGCCGAACAUCGGCCGCCCCCAUCCUGGUGGUGGUGGCUACUAACGGAAGUGAUAUCACCAUCAAUCUGCCAGCCGAGAACAGCAACAACCGGCUGUUCAAUUGGAUAAGCGAUUCCGGAAACAACAAUCCGUCGAUUGUGGACUGGAUCGGGGGCAAUGGAGCCAAUAAAGCUCCACGGCUUUCGAUCGGGGGCGGCAAUCAGGGGCUGCACGGCGUGGGUGGACAACCCGGAAAGGAUGUUGGCUCGGCUCGGUCGCUGAUUGAAACUCUGCUCAAAGAUGCUGCCGAUGGAAAGGGGACGGAGGACGCUGAUGAUGGGGAUGACUCUGAUGAAACAACCGAAGAGAAAGAGUUAUUUGGAAAGGAUGGAUCAAAUGAACCACCGGAAGUGAAGCAAAAAGAUGAUGUUCUGAGUGUUGUUAGCACUAGAGCGGCUACCAAGUCCUACGCAGAGAUUUGGCGACAAACACACACUACUCCACCGACGCCAAUUCGUUGAGAAAUUUUAAACAAAAAAUGUUAUAAACAAAGAGUAUUGUUACAUUUUCUUUGUGAAUAUUGUAGUUUAAGUUGUACAUAGAAUAGGUAUAAGUAAUUAAUAUUAUCUUAAUUGUUUAUAAUUAUUUACGUGAAUUUC